AAUCCAGCCAAUCAUCACUGCUUACGCGAUACUCCGAAAGCGGACAGACGAUCAUGUGGGCGGUGAAGCAACCUGAUGAGGGGCACUGCCCAAAGGAGCCUAGCGAAGCGGCAGAAAAGCGUCCCGCUCCCGAUAAUUUUUGGCAGGAAAAUCUUUCCUUUGAGAAUUGCGGGGGAAGAAGAUAUCCGUCGUGAAAUUCGUUCUUUUGACGUCCUGAGGCUGGCUGGUCUUGCAGUCUAGAUUAGAUACCGAGACUUGAGUUCCGCACUCGUUCGUCAGAGUACGAUUUCGUUUUCCCAAUUUUGAAAAAAAAGAAAGUGACGGUUUAUCUUUCCCGGUCAUAACUCCCUUCGUCAUGGCUGCUGCUACUAACAAUGCUGAGGCCGCGCCUCACGAGACUUUCGAUACGAUCUUGACGCUGGAUUUUGGGUCGCAGUAGUAUGUUUCCUCUCUGGGUGAUUUUGCUAUCCUAUCUGGGUGAUUUAUUUAUGCGAUUUACUUCAAAUGCGGCUGGCUGGACUUCAUACGACUCCUUCGUGACAUGCUCUGACUCACUGAUCUUUCAUAGUACUCACCUUCUGACCAGAAGGCUCCGUGAGAUCAAUGUCUACUCUGAAAUGCUGCCCUGCACCCAAAAGCUGGCCGAUCUGGGAUGGAAGCCAUCUGGUAUCAUCCUGUCUGGCGGCCCGUACUCCGUCUACGAGGAGAACGCCCCGCACGUCGACCCGGCUUUCUUCGAACUCGGUGUCCCCAUCCUGGGAAUCUGCUACGGACUGCAGGAGAUCGCCUACCGAUUGGACAAGACCAACGUCGUCGCUGGUGUCAAGAGAGAAUAUGGCCAUGCUGACCUGAAGGCCACCAGAUUCGGUGCCAAGGUCGACCCCCUGUUCGAAGGUAUUGCUGGUGAUAUGACCGUGUGGAUGUCCCACGGUGACAAGCUGUCUAAGCUGCCCGAGGGAUUCCACGUCGUUGGUACCACGCAGAACUCCGAGUUCGCUGCCAUUGUCCAUGACACCAAGCCCGUGUACGGUGUGCAGUUCCACCCCGAGGUCACCCACACCACGCACGGUACUCAGCUGCUCAAGAACUUCGCGGUUGGCAUCUGCGGCGCCAGGCAGAAUUGGACUAUGGCUGAGUUUAUCGGUCAGGAGAUCAACAAGAUCCGCAGCCUGGUUGGUCCUGAGGGUCAGGUCCUCGGUGCCGUUAGCGGUGGUGUUGACUCUACUGUUGCUGCUAAGCUGAUGAAGGAGGCUAUUGGCGAUCGCUUCCAUGCUGUGCUGGUCGACAAUGGAUGCAUGCGUCUGAACGAGUGCGAGCAGGUCAAGAAGACUCUGAGUGAAGAGCUCGGUAUCAACCUCGUGGUGGCCGAUGCCGGUGACCAGUUCCUGGAGGGCCUGAAGGGUGUUGAAGACCCCGAGGCCAAGAGGAAGUUCAUCGGUGGAAAGUUCAUCGAUGUCUUUGAGGAGGAGGUCAAGAAGCUCGAGGCGCAGAACUCUGGAAAGAUCCAGUGGUUCUUGCAGGGAACUCUCUACCCUGAUGUUAUUGAAAGUCUGAGCUUCAAGGGUCCUAGUGCGACCAUCAAAACGCACCACAACGUCGGUGGUCUGCCCAAGCGGAUGACAGAGGGCCAGGGUCUCAAGCUGAUUGAGCCUCUGCGCGAGCUGUUCAAGGACGAGGUCCGAGAACUGGGCAGACAGCUCGGUAUCUCUCCUGAGCUUGUUGGCAGACACCCCUUCCCCGGUCCCGGCCUCGCCAUUCGCGUGCUUGGCGAAGUGACCAAGGAGAAGGUCCGCAUGGCCCGUGAGGCCGACCACAUCUUCAUCUCGAUGAUCCGCGAGGCUGGUCUCUACGACGAGAUCGCCCAGGCCUAUGCCGCUCUGGACCUGUCGAAGGCCGUCGGUGUCAUGGGCGACAAGCGUGUGUACGGCCACAUUGUCAUCCUGCGCGCCGUGUGCACGACCGAUUUCAUGACUGCCAUUCCUUACCCCUUCAGCCACGAGUUCCUCACCAAGGCCUCGACGCGCAUCAUUAACGAAGUGCACGGCGUUUGCAGAGUUGCGUACGAUUACUCUCAGAAGCCCCCUGCUACCAUCGAAAUGGAGUAAGAGUAAAUUUCUGAACCAAUAGGCAUCACCAUCCAUCACUUUCUGUGGAUAUAAAAUAUAACCGGGAAAGAGGGACCAUUCAAAGGAGCGGAGAUUAUUUGUUUAUUUCGGAGUUCAGUUGUUUUUUUUUUUAUUUAUAUCGUUAUUAUUCAUGCAUAGAGAACCAAUCUGCAUUGCUUAUGAGAAAAUUUAUGUCUUCGAGGAAUCAUGCAGA